AUGCGGUCCGCGGUCUUUAUGCGGCCCGCUGCCUUUAAGCGGCCCGCGGUUGUUAUGCGGCCCGCGAUCUUUAUGCGGCCCGCGGUCUUUAUGUGGCCCGCUGUCUUUAAGCGGCCCGCGGUCUUUAUGCGGCCCGCGGUCUUUAUGCGGCCCGCGGUUGUUAUGCCGCCCGCGAUCUUUAUGCGGCCCGCGGUCUUUAUGUGGCCCGCUGUCUUUAAGCGGCCCGCGGUCUGUAUGCGGCCCGCGGUCUUUAUGCGGCCCGCGGUCUUUAUGCGGCCCGCGGUCUGUAUGCGGCCCGCGGUCUUUAAGCGGCCCGCGGUUGUUAUGCGCCCCGCGGCCUGUAUGCGGCCCGUGGUCUUUAUGCGACCAGCGGUCUUUAUGCGGCCAGCGGUCUUUAUGCGGCCCGCGGUCUUAUGCGGCUCUUUACAUGCACAACUGUUGCCUGCACAAAGGAGACUAAUUUGGUCAUUUAAAGGUCAAAAUUGCAGAUUUUAUAGUUAA